AUGCCCGCAGACUACGAAUCCACGGCCCAGGGCCUGGCGGUCUCGCCGUCGCGGACAAGCGAAUCACCGCCGCCAGGCUGGUCGCGACUCCAGUCCUCGUCCACCUCCCACCGCCGCAUGCGAUCCUUUGACCUCCCGGCCGCGAACAAGCCGUGGUACUCGGAGAUCUGGAAGGCCUUGAAGAUCUUUAACCACCAGGUCAAGCGGAUAUACAUCCAGAUGACGGUCCUGCAGCGGGUCCUUGCCAUCCUGGCCGUGAUCGCCGUCUACGCCCUGCUCGUCGUCGGCUGGAUAUACUCGCACUCGCUGUUCGACUGGCUGCACAGCGUGUCGACCUCCUGGAGGGCCCUGCCGGGCGGCUGGCUCAUCAUGUUCGCGCUGAUAUUCAUAUCCUCCUUCCCGCCCAUGAUCGGCUACUCCACCAUCAACACCAUGUCCGGCUUCGUCUACGGCUUCCCCCACGGCUGGCCCAUCGUCGCCGCGGGCUGCACCCUCGGCAGCCUGUGCGCCUUCGUCGCCAGCAGGACCGUCUUCAGCGGCUACAUCGACCGCACCGUCGGCAAGGACGCCAAGUUCAUCGCGCUCAGCCAGGUGCUGAAGCGGGACGGCCUCCUCUACCUGACCGGCAUCCGCUUCUGCCCCCUGCCGUUCAGCCUGAGUAACGGCUUCCUCGCUACGAUCCCGAGCAUCUCGCCCGUCGCAUUUGCCAUUUCCACGGCGCUUUCGACCCCAAAACUUCUUAUCCAUGUGUUCAUUGGCAGCCGCCUCGCAGCCCUCGCCGAGAGCGGCGACAAGAUGUCAUUCGGCGACAGGAUGGUCAACUAUCUCGGCAUGGGAGCCGGCGCCAUCGUCGGCAUCGUCGUCGGCUGGGUCGUCUACAGACGCACAAUGGCCCGCGCCGCCGAGGUCGCCAGAGAAGAGGCCGCGGAGCUUGGCCGAGCCGGGCCCCCGGCCUUCCUGGACGUCGACGGGGAGACCAUGAUGGACCCCGAGGACGCCGCGGCCCUCAUGUCUGACGAUGACAUGUCGCUCUGGGACACGCAGCUCGACGAGCCGGACAUCUACCACGACGAGCAGGACGAGUCCAAGGGCAAGACCGGAGACCAACCCGGCUCGAAGCCUGCCAACUCGAGUGAAUGA